UUACAGUUAAUGAACUCCCGCCAAACCCCAGCUUACUUUAAAUUUCUGUUACAAGUAAAACAGAAAGAGGAAGGAUGAGCAGAGCUUGCAGGGAGAUUGAGCGCAACAUCUUGCGCCUUCUCCACGGGCGCGAAACCCGAACACAGCUCCGUGAGAUACACGCACAUUUCCUUCGACGUGGUCUCAACCAACUCAACCAAAUCCUUUCCCAUUUCGUCUCCAUUUGCGGGUCACUAAACAAAAUGGCCUAUGCGAAUCGGAUUUUUAAGGCGUGUUCCAGUCUUGGCGUGCUUCAACUUGGGAAAUGUAUGCACAAGGAGGUUCUUGUUGUUGGGUUCGAGGGUUUUAGCGCAAUAAGAAUUGGGGUUAUAGAGUUGUAUAGUUCUUGUGGGGUAAUGGAAGAUGCUGAGAAAGUGUUUGAUGAAAUGUAUCAAAGAGAUGUGAUUGUUUGGAAUUUGAUGAUUCGUGGGUUUUGUAAGAGAGGGGAUGUUGAUAUGGGGUUGUGUUUUUUUAGACAGAUGAGAAAGCGGAGUGUUGUUUCGUGGAAUAUCAUGAUUUCUUGCCUAGCACAAAGUCGGCGGGAUAGUGAAGCUUUAGGACUUUUUCAUGAUAUGCUGGAUUGGGGAUUUAAGCCGGAUGAGGCAACCGUAGUUACUGUUCUGCCUAUUUGUGCUCGUUUGGGUUCUCUUGAUGUUGGGAAAUGGAUUCAUUCUUAUGCAAAAUCAAGUGGGCUUUAUCGAGAUUUUGUAGCUGUGGGCAAUGCACUAGUGGAUUUUUACAAUAAAUCCGGCAUGUUUGAGACUGCUAGAAGGGUAUUUGAUGAGAUGCCUCGAAAGAACGUGAUUUCUUGGAACACAUUAAUUUCGGGUUUGGCUUUUAAUGGGAAUGGUGAACUUGGGGUUGAAUUGUUGGAGGAGAUGAUGAACGAAGGGGUAAGCCCCAAUGAUGCGACAUUUGUUGGGGUUUUAUCGUGUUGUGCUCAUGCAGGACUGUUUGAAAGAGGGAGGGAAUUGCUUGCUUCAAUGGUGGAGCAUCAUCAAAUCGAGCCUAAACUUGAGCACUAUGGAUGCAUGGUUGAUCUCCUAGGGCGUAGUGGAUGUGUGAGGGAGGCUUAUGACCUGAUUAGAAUCAUGCCUGCGGGAACUCCAAAUGCUGCUCUAUGGGGUUCCUUGCUUAGUGCUUGCCGUACACACGGUGAUGUAGAGCUUGCACACCUUGCAGUAAAAGAGCUUAUUGAUCUUGAACCAUGGAAUUCUGGCAACUAUGUGUUGUUGUCGAAUAUGUAUGCAGAGGAAGAGAGAUGGGACAAAGUUGCAAAUGUACGAGGGAUGAUGAGGGAGAAGAAUGUCAAGAAGACACCAGGGCAGAGUGUUAUUGGAUAAGUCUGCAGUGUUACUUUGAUUGAGCGAUUAUUCUUGAUUCUCACGCUGGCUAUACCGUGUGUCCUUCACAGCAAGCAAGGCUUGCAAUUCAAGAAUGAACGAAGCAUCUAACAACCUUUUAACAUCCUGCAUAAGUUCAAAGGAGUUUCAGCAAGCAAAGCUGCACGAAUGCCUAUGAAAGUGCAAGGAGGGGAGAAUUUGUGAAAGUAGUAGAAAACCUAGCAAGGAAAUUCAGGGGCGGCGGACUAACACUAAAUACUAUUUUGGUCGAUUUAUUUUCAAGACAAUCAAAUCUAGAGGGUACCUGUUUCAACCCCUAAUUUCUUUUGACAUAUAUGGUCUCUCAUUUUAUUGUUAAAAAAAGCUUGUGAGACAGUACUUGUCAAAUCUCAUAAAAGCAUGAAUAUCAGUUCCUCAAGCUUCCAGCAUGUGUCUAUGUCUGUGCUGUAUAGAAGAAUGUGUAUUGGGUCAUAGUUGCCGUGGAAUUAUAGAAACGGCAACGAAGGGCAGUGGAAUGUAUGUUUAAAGCUUUGUUAAGCGGUAAGAUGUAGAAAGGCUAGUACAGAGCAUCUGUCAAUGCAUGAUUUUAGGACUACCAUUUUAAUAAAAUGAUGCUCAAACUGCUGAUUUUAUCCAUUUUAUGUUUAA